AUGACCUCUACUACAUCGAAAUCAUCGACGAAUAGUGAUUUCUACUAUGCGUGUCGUAACGGACUAAUAGAUAAAGUUCGUGAACAAUUACCAAAUAUGACGUUAGCAGAAAUCGAUCAAAUUCAAGCCAAUGGCUCUACAGCACUUCACGCUGCAAGUUAUUAUGGUCAUGCAGAAAUAGUUAAAUUGCUAUUAGAUAGCGGCGCUAGUCGUUCAAUAGAAAAUGAGCAACACAAAUGUUUGCCUUAUGAUGAAGCCGAAAAAGAGGAAAUUAAAAAAUUAUUUAUACGUGAAACAGCAUCGAAUAGAUUUGCCGAUGAUGGCUCAGGACGUAUCGAUUGGAUGAAAUGUGAUGCUGCAGCCGAAUCUCUUGCAAGUGAUUAUCGAUAUCGGCAUAGUGGAUUUGGAUGGAAAAGUAAAAAUAUUGAUCAUCGUUUAAAAUAUAUUAAAGAAGAAAUGGGUCAUACAGAAAAUAAGGAAGUUAAAAGAUUUAUUGAUCAAGUACAAUCGAACCCGUUUAAUCUUCUUAAAGCUUAUACUGUCGAAUCUCCUUUCUAUAUUAAAUUAAAUCGAGAUUUAGCAACAACUCAUUAUGAUCGCGGUACAAAUUUUGGUUUAACAUAUUUUAUUGAUUUUUUCUAUAAUCAUCCGGCGUUCGACAAAUUAUCAUUCAAAGGUAAAGUCUAUCGGGGUAUGUGUGCAGUACAAGAUGAUCUUAAGGAGUAUAGUGUAGGAGGGAAAGUCAUGAACAAAGCAUUUAUGUCAACCACAAAAGAUCGAGCCGUAGCGGAACAAUUCGCAAUCAAAAAUGUAACUGAUCGUAAAAAACAACACGGCGAAAAUGUUAAAUUAUCUAUUCUUUGCACAUACGAAAUCAUUAAUGAUCGAACUGGAUUAAAUAUAGAAGAACUAUCUGAAUAUAGACAUGAAAAAGAAGUAUUAGUAGGACCCUAUUCAGCUUUUACAAUCAUUGCGAUACGUAAAGUUUCUGACAGUUAUGUUGAAAUACAUCUUCGAGAAUGCGAAAAAGUGAAUGAUCAAGAUGAUGAUGAUGAUAAUGAUUUUGAUGAUGAUUAG